AGUCGCUCACAGACAGUCGGUUAGUGCAAGUGCAGCAGCGGACAUGUGUUCACACAACAGCAAUAUAAUUGCCGAGCAUCCAGAUUUGGAUUCCACUUUUGAGAAUGAGCAGGAGCUGAUAUUGAAAAAGGAGCAGCUGCAGGUGCAGGAACUAAGCGAUUGGUUAGACGCAAAUCCGAACAUAAAUGGCUGUAAGGCCUAUGAGAAUUUGCACUUUUUCCUGCGCACCUGUAAAUUUGACGUUGAUCGGGCUAAAAAGAAGCUUAAAACCUUUUACCAAAUGCGUGCCGAGCGUACCGAAUGGUUUGACGAUUGCGAUCCCAUGCUGCCCGAAAUACAGGAGCUGCUUGCCUUGGGCGUCUUUCUACCUGUUGACGGUGUCGAUGAUCAGCAAAAAAAGGUUGUAAUUAUUCGGACGGCGGCACACGACCCCAAACGACAUACACAGAACAACGUGUUUAAGACAAGCAAAAUGAUAUUGGAUUUGCUAUUAAAGUUUGAGCCAGAUAACUGCGCACGUGGUAUUGUUGCCAUUAUGGAUAUGCAGGGGGUCCAAUUAGGUCAUGCUCUUCAGCUCAAUCCCAAGCUUAUCAAGCGUUCCGUUGAGAGUUGGACGGCGUAUCCAUGUCAGCCCAAGCUCUUGGAGUUCACUAAUACGCCUCGUCACGUCAACAUUUUUUUAAAUACAUUUCGCGUAUUUAUGACGCCAAAGAUUCGUUCCCGUGUCGCAGUGCGCCGUGAGGGCACCAUGGUAAAGUGCAAGCAGCUGCCAAGAGACUUGGGUGGUCAGGGACCCAGCUACAAAGAGCUGGCCAUCAAAUGGAAGCAAUUGGUCGAACAGAACGCUGACUUUUAUUUGGAGCAAGGCAAAUACAAAAGCAUAGUCAAGCGAUAAGCGUCUGAUUAACCAAAAAUGAUUAGAACUGCAAGCAGACAUACUUAUAAAUAUUAUACGCAUAUUUUCAACGUGAGGAUUAUCAUUCGGUAAUCGGUUAAUGUGUACAAAUGGCGUUGCUUAGUAUUUAAGGUUUUGUUCGUGCUAAAAACAAUGCUCAUUUUAUAAUGAUAAGUAUUUAUAAUGCACACUUCAAUGCUUGUAUCAUUUUAACUAUAGAUAAGUGUACUCUUUGUUGGGCAACUUUGCCUUGCUGUUAUCGUCCACAUUUGUCCAGCGACCAUAGACUUAUUUUAGUACCAGAGCUCUUUACUUAAAAAAACAUCAAUUCGACUUUGUAAAAUAGCAUAAACGGGUUAUUAAAAGUAUAUCUGAUAUGAGGAUUACUUCAUUAUAUUCUCGAUUUCUUUAUUAGUAUAAAAUAGUAUAUCAAAAAUGUUUAUCAAGUCUAUAAUUAUUAUCAUUUAAUGGGGCCAUCGAGUGCCGUCUCAUGUUAAGGGUUUGCAUUGCAAAAGACUUCUCAUCCGUUUAUCGAUAUUAAUAAUAAAUACGUACAUACAUACAAAAGAACAUAAACAAGUUAAUUUCGCACAGUUUGUGAACAGAAUGUUUUUUAUAAGCGGGAUUUGUUAGUGUAUCAAUGCGUGCUGUUGUUUUUGCUUUUUAAUAUACAUACAUAUAUAAAUAUAAAUAUGUUUUAUAUCUUAAAAGUACGUGUCACAUAUAAAAAUAUAUAGUAGAUGUUGGUCAUCAAUUCAUUAUCAUCACCAAACAGCGCACUACCGAACAGUUUUAGUGGGACCACAUGAAGCACUGAACAAAACUUAAAAGCUAUAAACGAGAAAAGGAAAGGCGGUAACUAACUAAAGCGUAUUAUAAAUAGCGACAGAGUGCAAUUGAAA